UUUUCAAUAUUUUUUUCCAUCUUUAAUAUCUCCCCCCCUUUUUUUACUGCUCUUACCACGCCUGUUUAUUGUGUCGGCGGUACUCUCUCUAGUCUUUACAUAACUCCUUUCUCUCUCUCUCUCUCUCUCACACCUCUACUCUGUAUUUUUCAGAGUUAUGGUGCUUCUCUCACAAUCCUGAGUUUCACUUUUUCCUUCAUAACUUUCUUUCUUAUUUUACUUUUAGUGUGGUUUUCUCGUGAUCAUCACUUAACAGGUAUAAACAAAGUUGCACAGGUUUGAGUCGAAUACUGUCUUCUCCAAUAUCAAAAGAGCUACUCAGAUGACAGAUCACAAAUCAUGGCUAUGGAGGAAAAAGUCCUCAGAGAAAACAAUCACAGUGGCUGAGAAAGUGGAAGUUGCUUCAAGACAACAUGAGGAACAGAUGCAUGUGCUUCUUGCUGAAAAGGCAGAACUGGAGAGAGACCUGAAAGACUCGGGUGAUAAACUUUCUUCUGCCCUUGCCGAGUGCAAUGCUAAAGACGAUCUUGUGAAGAAACACUCAAACACAGCAAAAGAAGCUCUUGCAGGAUGGGAGAAAGCAGAAGCAAAAGCAAUGUCUCUAAAGGAAGAACUAGACGAAGCUUUGAAAGAGAGAGACAUCAGUGAAGAAAGGGCAAGACAUUUGGAUGCAGCGCUAAAGGAGUGUAUGCAGCAGCUACGUUUUGUUCGAGAAGAUAAAGAGCAGAGGAUUCAUGAUGUUAUGCUCAAGGCAGCGGAGGAACUCGGGGAGACAAAAAUGUUUCUAGAGAGUAAACUACAAGAAUCAGGCAGAAUGAUAGCCAAACAGACUUCAGAAAAUUCUCAACUCGCCAAGGCGGUUUUACUCAAGGAUCAGCUAAUUGAGGAACUAAACAUAGAAAAAGCCAAGGUAGAAAGUGAUGUGAAUUCCCUAUUAGCAAGACUGCAACACAUCGAGAAAGAUAACAAUUCUUUGUUAUAUGAAGUCCGAGUACUUGAGAAGGAAGUUGAUAUUCGGAACGAGGAGAGAGAAUUUAAUCGUCGAACAACUGAUGCAAGCCAUAAACAACAUUUGGAAAAUGUUAAGAAAAUUGCUAAGCUAGAAUCUGAGUGUCAAAGACUUCGUGUCCUGGUAAGGAAGAGGUUGCCUGGUCCUGCAGCUCUGGCAAAGAUGAAGAGUGAAGUAGAUAUGUUGGGCAGAGAUUCAGUCGACAAUAGAAGGAAAAAAUCCAACUUAAGUUAUACUGGCAACAGCAUGCAGUUGGACUACGGACUAGACAGCUAUCCUGAAUCCCCUGACAAAAAGAUGAAACUUUUGACUGAAAAAAUAUACGCGUUGGAGGAAGAAAACAACUCUCUGAGGGAAACCCUUCAGAGGAAGGCGGACGAGCUUCAACUUUCAAGAAACAUGUAUAUCCAGUCAGCUUCACAGUUGUCACGUUUUGAGACACAGCUUGAAGAAUCUCAUAAAAGCCAAUUGAUUAGGGAUGCCAGUCUGUCAUUGGCUACGAUGUCGGAUGUUGGGAGUGAUGAUAAAGUUAGCUGUACUGGUUCGUGGGCAUCAAAAUCUGUUGGAAUGUCGGACAUAAAUCACCUAAUGGAUGACUUUGCUGAGAUGGAAAAGUUGGCUCUAGUUUGUGUUGAUAAGCCUGUUGAAAAUUCUUCUACUAUCACAAGUACUGAAAUUAGUACAGGAAAAGAGCUAGUUCCAAUAGUAGCAUCAGCGGGAACUGAUGCCGAUGUUGCAGAAGUGAAGGGUGAUGGACUAUUGUCAUCAAAGUUGAGUAAAUCGAUUUCAAAGCUGAUUGAGAUUAUUCACGGGAUUAAUUCUCCAUUUGAAGAUCACGAUGCCUCACAGACACCCAGCAGAAGGAAUGAUGUUCAUGGAUUUCAGUGGAGAACUCCCGAACUAGCUUCUACUUUACAGCAUUUCCUUCAAAUUUGUGAUGAUAUGUUGAUUGGAAAGGCUGAGUUUGAAACAUUUACUGAAGAGAUGACUGAUGUCUUGGAAUUGAUAUUGAAAAACUGUUUUUCCGUUCAAGAAGUGAAACCAGAAAGUGAAACAGAAGUGGGAAAGUCUGGUCAGUUAUCUGAAGCAAGCAAGUUACCUUUGCUGGAAAAUGGAUAUCACAGUGAAUCUUGUUGUGAUGUGAUUGAAGAAGGCAGGAAACUGAAGGAUGUAGCAAGAGAUAUUGGGUUCGCAAAACAAGAAUUAGAGUGCGAAUCCUUAAGAAAUCAACUUCAGAUUUCAGAAAAUACUAUUGCGCAUUUGAAAAUAGACAUGGAGGCUUUGAAGCACUCUAAGGCGAUGGUUGAGGACCAGUUUGAAAAUCAUAUGAUGACAAUUGAAGAUCUUAACUCUCAGCUUUUAGCUGUCAAUUCUACAAUGGAUGAGGCCCAGGAAAAGAUUGCAGGGUUACAAGCGGAGAUCGACAAUAAGGUGAACCAUUGUGAAGAGUUGGAGGCGAAUUGCCUAGAGUUGCGGGUCCAGCUUGAGAGGGUACGAAAGGUGGAUACUAUAGAAGAUCCCAAUCAAGACAAAAAGCAACUCCAAACUGAAUGGGAGAUAUCAGCAGCUUCAGAAAAGUUAGCAGAGUGCCAAGAGAGCAUCUUACAUUUGGGAAAGCAAUUGCAGGCAUUAGCAACAUCACGGGAUGCUGCAGUUUCCGACAAGUUCAUGUCCACUCCUACUAAGUCUAAGUCUAUGCUCGCUGCCUCUUCCACAACCCUGACUAGUGAAAAGAAACUAACAAACGAACGGUCUUCUCUGCUGGAUCAAAUGCAAGCAGACGAUGACAUUUCUGAAACUGAUCAACUCGAAUCACCAAAAACCAAGGAAAUGAUAUAUGCUAAAGAUUAUGGUUCAUAUAGUACAAGUAAUUAUACUACUACUGCAAAGAACAACGAAAUAUCUGUGAGUUCUAGCUCUUUGGCUAUCGUACCCAGUAAGAAACCACAUACUACAUCAGGUGGUCUUUUUAAGAAGCUCUUAAAGAGGAAAACGAAAGGUAUUAGUAAGAAGAUGCCACUUCCCUUUGCAGCCUGAGACGUAUAGACACAAUAAUUGAAAGCGUGGAACGUUGAAUACCAUAUGUAACACACGACCCCAUGAGGGGUAUUACACCGUAAGUCCCUAAGCAUGGUUGUUAUUGGAAGCUAGGAGCGUUGCACGUAUUCGCAUGGAGACGGCCUGUACGUUACUGUUGUAGAUAUAUCUGAAAGUAGAGUUGUCAUCUUAUCAACUUUAAUAUCAAGGGUGAACUAUAUCAGCAGAUUUAUUGUCUGCUUUUGUGUGAUCAA